UAACCGAAUGUUGCGUUCUGACAUGGCAGCGCCCAAUGGCGACAACUGAAAUGCCUCCUUUCACUCAUUCCUCCCAUUCCCUGCAGAAUAAAGAAGAAAAACGAAUGGCGGAUCCCUCUCGUCCAACCGGAGAAUACAGCGCCGGAGCAGCUGGCGACGAGAACCGUCUAAAGUACGCUUACGAUGACGGAUUCAUCCCUGAGAAUCUGCCUCCCGACGAGGACUCCACCGUCUCUCCCGGCUCCGCGUCCGACUCCGAGCCAGAGUGCCCUGAUGGCAUCGCAGUCAAUCUGGCGGCGAGUCUCCGCCUGUUCUGUGACUCGAUGCGGACUAUCGAGCAGGUGGAGAUGGAGAUGGCCAAGGCGAGGGAGGCGUCGAGGGUGGAGGUGGAGCGGAGGCGGGGAGAGCUUGAUUUGGAGCUGACUCGGAUGGUGGCUCAGUCUCAGCUGCAGAUUGCGGCUGUAGUCGCUGCGGGGAAGAGCGGGCGGUGCAGGAAGAGGAAGCGAGGCGGCGGGGAGGAUUCGGACACGCCAUCGGUUUCGGCCAGAAGGGAAGGAGCUGUGCUGCUGACUUUACUCCAAUCCAAUCUCUUCAUGUGAACUGGAGAUGAUGACAUUCUCAUCCCCACAGGGUACGACAUACUUCAAUACGACAAAUCUGCGGAUUUUCGAUCGUAACUCUGUUACUUUUCCGACUGUAUUUUGAUGUUUGCUAUCGGACUGAAGUGAUCUGCAAUCAAUAAAUGUGGACCGGAGAUGUUAAUAUGGCAAUUCUAGCUGAACGAGUUUACUUUGCUA